CUGUUUUUCUCUUUAUGCUCUUGGUUGUUCACUUUUUAAGUGACAUUGCAGCAAACUAAGCGGGAAAGGAGAGAGGAUCUAGGGCACAAUUCUCUGCUUCGAUUUUUCAUUCAAUUGAAGCUACAGAAAGUUGGUGGUAAUUUGAUGGUUGCAGGAUCAAGAGAGAAGCUCACAAACUCAAUAGGAUGUCAGGCAGAAAAGAAACAGUAUUGGAUUUGGCAAAGUUUGUUGACAAGGGUGUACAAGUCAAGCUUACUGGUGGAAGACAGGUGACAGGGACUUUGAAAGGAUAUGACCAGUUAUUGAACCUCGUCUUGGAUGAAGCUAUAGAGUUCCUAAGAGAUGCGGAUGAUCCUCUGAAGACUACUGAUCAAACAAGGCCCCUUGGCUUGAUAGUCUGUAGAGGAACAGCAGUAAUGCUCGUGUCACCAACUGAUGGUACGGAUGAGAUUGCCAAUCCUUUUAUGCAGCCGGAUGGGGCCUAGUUGCCUUAAAAUCAGUAUGCCUUCUUCAUUUCGCCUUUAGUUUCUAAAAGCAACCUGACUUUGAAGACGAAGAUUGUAGAGAAUUUGGAUUUAAUUUAUGUUGACUACAUAAAGGCCAAUAUAUAUAUAUAUGAUAUGAAGUAGUAAAUUUGCCAUGUCGCAUGGUGCAUUUUCUUUGAAUUGGUCGUCUUCUUCUGAUGGGUUGUAUAGCCCCUCCCUUGAAAAUGAAAUUGAUGUAUUUGCGAUUCAUUAUUCGUUUGUUGUUCAAACUGGAAUUAUCUUCUUUAUCUCAGCGAUAGUGAUAUAUAAUAGAUUAAAUAUCAUUGACUGAAAAUUGGAAGGGCCUAGCUCUAAGCAGGUUUUUAUGUAAGCUAUAUAUAAGACACAUUGAAUUGUUACUUUUUCCCUCUUGAAA